AUGAUCAUCUGCUAGAGAUCACUAUCUCUCGAUAACCAGAUCAUUCUUCUUUAUUCGUCGAAUUUGCCUCUGUUAACGUCUCAUUCUCUGUUCGAAAGCUUGAAUAGAGAUCGUUAAAAUGGUGGAUCCGGGACCAAUUACACCGGGCCAGGUAUCUUUUCUAUUUGGAGUAAUCCCAAUAUUUGUUGGUUGGAUAUACUCAGAGUUACUUGAGUACAGGAAAUCUUGGGUUCCCUUGAAACCUCACUCGGAUAAUAAUCUGGUUGAACUGGGGGAUGUAGCAGAGAAGGACGAUGACAAAGCUGAUUUGUUGGAGGGAGGUCUUACCCGAUCCACAUCUGUAAAGUUUCAUAAUUCAUCCAUCAGAACAAACAUAGUCAGGUUUUUGAGUAUGGAAGAUUCAUUUUUGCUGGAACACCGUGCAACAUUGAGAGCAAUGUCGGAGUUUGGGGCAAUCUUAAUAUAUUUCUAUAUCUGUGACCGCACGGAAUUGCUUGGAGAUUCUACCAAGCAUUACAAUCGCGACCUUUUCCUUUUUCUCUACGUUCUUCUCAUCAUUGUAUCAGCCAUGACAUCUCUCAGAAAACACAAUGACAAGUCACCCAUAACUGGGAAAUCCAUUCUUUACCUUAAUCGCCACCAGACCGAAGAGUGGAAAGGAUGGAUGCAGGUUUUGUUCUUGAUGUAUCACUACUUUGCUGCGGCUGAGAUAUACAACGCUAUCCGUAUCUUUAUUGCUGCUUAUGUAUGGAUGACUGGUUUUGGAAACUUUUCGUAUUACUACGUCAGAAAGGAUUUCUCUGUCGCACGUUUUGCACAGAUGAUGUGGAGGCUGAACUUCUUUGUAGCAUUUUGCUGUAUUGUUCUCAACAAUGACUAUAUGUUGUAUUACAUCUGCCCAAUGCACACUCUCUUCACCCUCAUGGUUUACGGAGCUCUGGGUAUCUUCAGCAAGUACAAUGAGAUAGGAUCUGUGAUGGCUCUGAAAAUAUUUUCAUGCUUCCUCGUUGUCUUUUUGUUGUGGGAAAUUCCUGGAGCUUUUGAAAUAUUCUGGGGUCCAUUAACGUUCUUGUUAGGUUACAGUGACCCUGCGAAGCCCGAUCUUCAUCGACUGCAUGAAUGGCACUUCAGAUCAGGCCUUGAUCGCUACAUAUGGAUCAUCGGAAUGAUUUAUGCCUAUUAUCACCCAACUGUAGAGAGAUGGAUGGAGAAGUUAGAGGACUGUGAAACGAAGAAAAGACUAUCCAUAAAGACCACUAUUGUUACUAUUUCCGUACUUGUUGGCUAUGUGUGGUAUGAAUGUAUCUACAAGCUGGACAGGACCAGUUACAACAUGUAUCAUCCAUACACAUCUUGGAUCCCCAUCACUGUUUACAUAUGCCUUCGGAAUUUCACCCACCAGCUUCGGAGUGUCUCAUUGACUCUCUUCGCGUGGCUUGGCAAGAUCACUUUAGAGACUUACAUUUCCCAGUUUCAUAUAUGGCUAAGAUCAAACAUGCCUGAUGGGCAACCAAAAUGGCUUCUCUCUAUUAUUCCGGGAUACCCCAUGCUUAAUUUCAUGCUCACAACUGCGAUAUACGUCCUAGUAUCCCACCGUCUCUUUGAACUAACCAACACACUCAAGACAGUUUUCGUACCCACAAAAGACAACAAACGUCUCUUUUCUAACUUCAUAGCUGGGAUCGCCAUCGCUCUUCCUCUAUAUUGCUUCUCAUUCGUUCUUCUUCAGAUUCAUCGCUAAAAACCGUGAGUCCCCAAAUCAUUCUCAUUGGCCAUCCACUCAUCAAAAAUCUAAUUAAAACUUUGUUGAUUUCUAACAUUUACAGGCAAAAAGAAGUGUUGUUCUUUGUGUUUCUUCAUUGUGGUCUCACAUCAAAGCAAAAUAGAAUAAGAAAAAAGAUGAGUUAGU